AUGACCAAACUCUCCGAAUCAGUCGACCCAUCACUAAAAGCCCACACAGAGCUAGUGAACUGGUUCACCCAACAUGGCGGCAACGUAGACAAAAGCGUGCGCAUAGCCACAGACGCCUCGCGCGGCGUGCACCUGCAAGUGAAGAAAGACUGGUCAGCACCAAUCUCAAAGGAAACCAGAGUAAUCAACACUCCAAUCAACGUGUCAAUGUCCUGGUUCAAUGCUAUGAACUACCAGUCGCCACGGGGCUCGUUCCCCAAUCAUGGCGUGGAGUUCUCGCGUUCUUGGAUGGAGAGUGUUGGGCCCGAGGAGACUUCUGCUUUCUUCUUAAUGGGUCAGUAUCUGCGGGGCUCGGAGGGAUUCUGGUAUCCGUAUCUUUGUACGUUGCCUCAGCCUGGGCAGUUGAGUACGCCUCUUUUCUUUGAUGGGGAGGAUGUGGAUUGGGUUGUUGGGACUGGUGUUCCUGAGGCUGCGACUGAGAGGAUUAGAAUCUGGGUUGAGAAGUAUGAUCGGGCCAUUGAGGGGCUUGAGGAGAUUGGAUUUGAGGGUGUUGAGUUGUAUACAUGGGAAUUGUAUCUCUGGGCUUCGACUAUUAUUACCUCGCGAGCUUUCUCGGCGAAGGUUCUGUCUGGGGCUGUCGAGCCUGAUGAUCUCCCAGAUGAUGGUGUUUCCGUCUUGCUUCCGCUCAUUGAUCUUCCCAACCAUCGGCCGAUGGCCAAGGUCGAGUGGCGGGCAGGUGAUGAAGAUAUUGGACUUCUUGUGCUUGAGGAUGUUGCACCUGGCGAGGAGAUUUCCAAUAACUACGGUCCCCGUAACAAUGAACAAUUAUUGAUCAACUAUGGGUUCUGUCUCACAAAUAACCCAACCGAUUAUCGCAUUGUCCAACUGGGCGUCAAACCCGACAGCCCACUCAGCAAGGCCAAGGCUCAGCAGCUCGAGAUGUUUCCAGAACUGGCCAAAGUCAAGGAAAAUCAUUAUUACAUCUUCAAUCCAAACUACCCUCUCUUGGGCCCGGACACAGCUAUGGAACACUCCAUCUUCUCACCGGCAUUGUUCAAUGCCUUGACAAUCAUGGAAUCCAACCCGCGCGAACGCAAGAUGCUUGAAAUCACAGAGGCUUCUAUUCGCAUUACCCCAGCUUAUGGAAACGGCCACUGCAUCUACGCCGCACUGGCCCAGAUGAGUUUCGAGCUUAUGGCACACGCAAUCAACCUCAAGGCCAGCGCAGAAGAUCUCCCCUCGCAACCAAAGACACUGAACCAAACUCAUGCGAAAGUCUACCGAGAUAGUCUCAUCACGAUAGAUGAGUCUGCCCUGAUAAUAGCCUUAUGGACCAUCUCACGCGGAAGGGCUCAUGGACGCGGCGAGGGCUGGGAAGACACCAAGGCCUUGAUAGCCGAGCACGACGCUCGCGUACCAGCAGGCCUUCUCCCAGAAGAAGUUCUUUCUCGGAUCCGCGUGCGCAUCCUGGAGCGUCCAUCUAUCAUCACUAAGAACGGAGAGCUGUUCAGAUUAGUUGAGAUGUUCAACCUCCUCCCGGCAGAGAUGCAGGGUCCAGCUCAGGCAUGCUUCAACCGCCUCGUGCAAAACAUAGGACCUGAAGUCCCGACUAUGCCAACUGACCCGACCAAUUUGUUCGCUACGUUGAUUUGCUUGUUUGUUGCGACUUACAACUCGCCCGAAGCACGAUCGAAAUUGCCAUCGCGUGUCACUCGAUGGUUGGCGUUCUUGCUUGAAAACUAUCCUUUGCAAUUGGAUACUACUGAAAACAUCCAGCCUGAUCUUGAGCAAUCGAGGGAUACCCUUCGCUUGUUCCAGGAGUAUAUCAUUGCGGCACAGCCAGGUCAAUGGGCAUCCAUGGAUGGUGUCGAUUGGCUUAUGCAGAAUAGUGGGUGGCUAGCUCCGGAGUGGAUUCAGUGGUCAUGGACUGUGGCAAGCUCGGAAAUGGUUAUGCUUCCACUGGAGCCAUUGCAGAUUCUGAAGAUGGACGGUCCUCUGCGCUUGAACAAACAACCUGUUCUCUAUAUCCCGCAGGAGCAGUAG